GCUACCCACAGUAUUUCCUCUCUCUGUGGUCUAAGAAAUGUAAGAACAAAUGUAUUUACAGGAAUGUGUCUCUGUAAGAAGACACUCUGUCACCAGAGACCGUUUCGGGAAGCUCUCCACUUUUUGUCGUUGUUGAAAAGCGUCGCAUGUUGAUCGUUUCCUUCAAAAAUACAGCUUCCUCUCCUUCCUGUGCUAAACUGCGGUGACAAGAGAUGCUACUGACUGUAACAGUGUCCUCUGAUAUAUUCUUCUCCACGACACGUCCAAAUGUGAUGCCUGCCUGAGGGGACAUAAUGGACAAUGGCAAACCGAGCCGUGUGAGUCGGCCCCAGCGGAUCAGUGAAUCGUCCAAGGUAUUCCACUGCGUGGAUCAAUCCGUGGAGGUGUUGCAGGGCCUCAAUGAGCAGCGGCAGCACAGCCAGUUCUGUGACGUGGUGCUGGUGGCUGACAACCAGCGGGUCCCUGCUCACCGAGCCCUGCUGGCUGUCUCCAGCCCAUACUUUCACGCUAUGUUCACCUUGGGCAUGAGGGAGGAACGCCAGGAGGAGGUGGAGCUGGUUGGGAUGUCCUACAUUGGUCUGAAUGCUGUAGUGGACUUCCUGUACAGCGGUGAGCUACCAUUGGAUGGAGGAAAUAUUGACUAUGUGCUGGAAGCUGCCCACCUUCUGCAGGUGUGGCGAGUGGUGGAUUUCUGCUGUCAGUACUUGGAAAGGGAGGUGAGUGAGGACAACUACCUGUAUCUGCAGGAGCUGGCUCUGCUCUACAGUCUGGAGCGACUCGACACCUUCAUCGACCACUUCAUCCUCACACGCUUCGCUACGCUAUCUUUCACCCCCGAUUUCCUUCAUGAUAUUCCUUUACACAAACUCACAUCCUACCUCUCCAGUGGCCAGGUUCAGCAUGACAGUGAGCAGGCACUUCUCCAGGCCACCCUGCAGUGGCUCAGCCAGACUCCUGAGCGCACCGCUCAUGCCAGACAGCUCCUCUCCCACAUCCGCUUCCCUCUGAUGCCAGUGGGGGACCUCGUAGACCGAGUGCUGCCAGCUCUGCGAGCCCUGCUGCCAGAGGAGGCAGGCUGCAAGGCCCUCGUGGAGGAAGCUCUGGAGUACCAUGCCAGGCCCAGCGCCCAGCCGCUCCUGCAAACUGGUCGCACCACUCUGAGGGGAGGUGUCGAGCAGCUAUUGCUGAUUGGAGGAGAGGUGUCAGAACGUGGAGAGGAGCUGAGUGCCAAUGUUUGCCGACUGGACGGUGAAACGGGAAGCUGGGAGGUGGAAACAGAGCUGCCGGCACAGCGGAGCCACCACUGCCUGGCGGUGCUGGGGGGCUUCAUAUUUGCUGCUGGCGGCAGCUCUUCCAGGGACAACGGUGGAGACGCUGCCUGUAACCUGCUGUACAGAUACGACCCCCGCCACAACCAGUGGAGCAGGGGUGCUCCAAUGAAUGAGCGGCGGGUGGAUUUUUACCUGGGGGCGGUGGGAGAGUGCCUGAUCGCCGUGGGUGGAAGGAAUGACACCGGAGCUUUGUCCUCUGUGGAGGUUUACUGUCCCGCUGAGGAUUGCUGGUCCUAUGUGGCAGGACUGCCCAGGUUUACUUACGGCCACGCUGGGACGGUCCACCGUGGUGUAGUCUACAUUUCGGGUGGUCACGACUAUCAGAUCGGCCCAUACCGCAGAGAUGUCUUGAGUUACGAUCCGUCACGGGACGAUGAAGUGUGGGUGGAACGCCAGUCCAUGUCUCUGGCCCGGGGCUGGCACUGCAUGGCCUCCCUCAACCACCUCAUCUACGCCAUCGGAGGCAGCGAUGACCACGAAGACACCACAGAGCGCUUUGAUAUCCUGCAGGUAGAAUCUUAUGACCCACGCUGCGGCCAGUGGACCCAAGUGGCACAGCUGCUGAUGCCCAACAGCGAGGCGGGGCUCUCAGUCUGGGCAGGGAGGAUCUACGUGCUUGGGGGCUACAGCUGGGAGAGUAUGGCGUUCUCUAGAGCCACUCAGGUCUACGACCCUGACAAAGGCUCAUGGUCUAGAGGGCCUGACCUGCCAAAAUGCAUCGCAGGGGCCUCAGCGUGUGUUUGCACUGUGAAGCCCUCACUAUCAUCAGCUUCUCCAGAGAAGAAGAUGGACAAAGGGAUAAAAGGAAGAUUACAUCCCACGUACCAACAGCGAUGAACUUUAGCUUUGUCCAAAAAUACACGGCCUGACUUUUGGCUGAGACAGAGCCUGAUGCAUACUUCUGAUACUAAAUCUUUAAUAGACGAGAAAUAUUUUGUUAUGUCUACUACACGUGUAUCAGAAUAAAUUGCUUACAAGCUCAGGAGCACUGCAGCAUCACAAAGGGAGAGAAGUGGCAAUAAUUCAAAACACUGAAGUAACCAGACAGUGUUUAGUAAAGACCACCUGACUAAUGUAUGUUGACAAAAACUACAUUAUAUGAAGGACAGUCUGUGCACUGCAUUUGCCUUUACAGCUAAAUAUAGAUGUACUCUGAAGAAAGCAAUCAUUUUAUGUCUCUUGUACAGUUGAUACACAAUUAAGCUUUAGCAUUCA